UUUUUCUUUUGUUUUUUUUUUUUUUUUUGAUCUGGCACAUGCUUCUUGUCGCAUGAUCCUGUCGCUUCCGAAUCUCGAACCUCAAUCGCCUAUUUUAUCCCAUCCUCUCGUCUCGCCGUGAAACAAUAAUAAUAAUCAUAAUAAUACAAAGGAGAGCGUCGCGCCACGAGCCUGCCCAGCGGCUGCUGCAGGUCGACAACCCACCGCAUCAUCUGGCAGCCCCCAUAUGAAUGGUAAUUCCGGUGCUAUGUCUCCUGUCUCCGUAGACGGGAGCGACUGGUCCGGUAUCAACGGUUAUCAGAAAUCCGAGCCGCCGUUUUCCCCGACCUUCUCCAACCGCAGCAACCUAGCCACGCCCCCGACUUCCGGUGUCCCCAGCGGUUCUCUCGGCCCCAAUGGAAUGAACGGAAACACAACAAGUGCGUUGUCAAAUGGAGGAUCGUCUGGCCGGUUGAGCGACUCGGGGAACCCUUCGCCUCCGAGCUCGGUCGCCGGCGCGCGGUCUAGUGAUGGUUUCGGGGACCAGCGGAGUCGGAGAUAUAAGCAGAUGGAAGAGGUGUUGGGGCAGCAUUAUUCAGUUCUGAAGAGGUUCUUGCAUGGGCCGUAUCUGGAUGAUCGGGCGAGCAAGUCGAAUAAGGCGCGGGAUAAGUUGCUUAGGUUAUCGGCGACUCAGUUUCAUGAACUUAGUACCGAUGUCUACGAUGAGUUGCUGCGCCGGCAGCAGGCUAUGCCCUCCCCCGGGAGACCUCCGCGCUCUGACAUUCCCCCUUUCCUUCCGCCGCGAGAAGAUUUCCAUGAGAAGCGCAACCAGGCUAGACAGAAGCUGGCAUCGCUCCAGCAUGGGCGAUUUAGGGACCUAGCAACAGAUGUGUUUUGUGAAUUAGAGCGCCGGUUUCCUCAAUUUCCAGAGAGAGAAUCUCGUCGUGCGAGUCCGGCCCCGAGUUUCCGUGGUCGUCCGUCAAAUGGAUACGGAACUCCGAAUGGUUAUCCUCCACCACCCGGUGCUCGACGGUCGCAGUCUCGUGGCCCAAGUCGCAUGGGACGAGGUUAUUCCUCUGGCAGUCCGGGUAGCCCGAUGAGUGGCGGGUAUCCUCCGCGCCAGGGGUCACUUGGUGGUCCGCCGCCGGGUCCUAAUGGAGAGCCCGCGCCGUUGCCAAAAUCCUUCCAGAGCAACACGAUUGUGCCGAAUAAGAGUACCAUGGUGGAGGAUGAUGACGACGCGGUUGGUACGGAAGAUGAUUUUGAUGCGCGGAGCGAUGCUUUUGGUCUGGAGGGGGUUUUGAGCAGGAGAGAUACUACUACGACGUUUGGUGAUGGGGAGAGGAAUCAGACACAUGCCUCGACAUUGCAGGAGAAGGUGGAAGCGCUGGAGGAGUUGGUUCGGAUAAAGGAUGAGCAAUUGGCCAAGUAUCAGAAUGGUCAGGACAAGUCUGAGGCUACCGAUACUGAACGGCAAGAGUGGGAUGGACUAAAGUCGGAGCUGGAGAGCAAGAUUUCCAAGGCAGAGGGUCUGAACAGCUCUCUUCAGCUUGAACUGGAAAAGGUUCGCACAGAACAAGAUACCGUGGAAAAGGACCUUCGCAGCCAACUCGAUGCAUCACGACAAGGCUCCGGCGACUCUGACCUGCAAGCUCGAUUUGCGGAUCUAGAGAUCCAGCAUAAAACGCUACAGACCGAACUGGAGGAACAGCAACAAGUCACGGAAGAAGUCAGACAGGAGGCAUCAACGUUCCUCAUGGAAAUGAGAACUCUGUCAGAACAAAGCCAUUCAAACUGGGAGCGCGAAGAACAACUGUCCAGCAACGUUCAUCGACUGGAGGAAGAAGUCAAGGAAUGGAAGACCCGAUACGCCAAGGCUAAGACCCAACUGCGGCAUCUGCGCGCCUCGUCUGUCGGUAUCUCGGACUCUCGUCCGGACGUUAGCAGCAUCGUGGCAAAGGACCAUGAGUUGAUGCAGGAGCACGGGUUGAUCAAGGACGUACACGUGACGAAGUUCCAGAUUUCCAUCGACGAACUGCUGCGGAUUGCGCGGUAUGACGAGCACCACUUGGUUAUGCAGCAGGUCAAGACGGUUGUCAUUUCUGUCCGGUACAUUAUGCAAGACGUCCAAGUGGCAGAGCCUGAAGAUAAGCUGCGUACCAAGGCUACGCGCAAGGUCUCUGCGACGGCUAACAACCUCAUCACGGCAUCGAAGAACUUUGCCAACUCGAGCGGUCUUUCUCCCGUGUCUUUGUUGGAUGCAGCUGCAUCGCAUCUGUCGACGGCUGUGAUUGAGAUCAUUCAUCUUGUUAAGAUACGGGCUAGUCCGGCGGAUGAGCUUGAGGAUGUCGAUGUCGAAGAAGAUAUUACGCAGCUGAAAUCGCCGGAUUAUUUCAGCGUGGCGCCUAGCCAGAGCAGGUUCAGCAAUAACGAGUCUAUUUACAGUGCCAUUCGUCCACCGUCUGAGCAGUCUCGUGGUCUUUCGACCUCGAAUAUUGCGUUGUCGGAUAACGGGGUGAAUGGAGUUUCGAAUGGAGUGGCAGCUGAGACGAGGUUCAAUUAUGCUACUACCAACGACCAUGAACUUCAGGAAGUCAAGCUCUACGUCGAAGACCAAACAGAUGGCCUCGUCCAAUCCAUCCAAUCCCUCGUCGCCAGUAUCCGCGCCGAAGCAGACCUCUCCACCAUCAGCACCCACAUCUCCGCCAUCUCCUCGGUAGUAACAAACGUUACCUCUUCCACAAAACACCUGAUCCACAAACCCGACGUGAACCCUGCCCUCCGUGAACGCUCCGAUCCUAUCAUUCAAAACUUGGACUACCACCGAAGUCGUCUUGUGGAUACGGCCGCGGAGGGAGAACAUGUCUCGAGCUUCGAGCAGUUCCGCGAGGUUACGAAUAAGCUCCCGCCUAUUGCGUUUGAAAUCGCUCGCGAGACGAAGGAGUUGGUACAGCGGUUGAAUCCGAUGCAGUAUGAGGAAGAGGAGGAUGAUUUCCGGUGAUGUCGUUUGAUUUAACUGACAUCCAGUACAGUACCAGCAUGUAAAUGCUGUUUUCUUUCUUCUUUCUCGCUUGUUCAUAUCUUCGUCAACCUACUUAUCAUGCAUGACCAUGAGCAACCAUGUGAAAUGAUUGUUGAAUUGGGCAAGCUUUGCUCAAUUCGUCUUUUUUUGUUUUCUUCUUGAACUGUAUUUUAUGCACUGUUACUUAUUUUCUUCUCUUAGCGUGUUUCGUUUACCCGUCGCUGCAUUGCAUUUACUUCUACUUUUUUGUUAUAGAGUAUGAUUUGGGAGGCUAAAAUAAUAAUACGAAUUCAGUAGUUACAUCCGGCAACCCGCUCACGUGACUGCGGGUUCAUUUUCCC